ACCACUUCCGGGGACACAUUUGACCGACGCACUAGACUCUCCACUUGCAACCUGGCCAACAAAGCGUUUUUGUUUUUUUUAAUCUAGUUUUGACUCGAAUGCACGACACGACAAUAAACUCUUUUAAAAAAAAAAAAAAAAACGCUGAAUGUUACAGACGCGAUGUCGGCAAUUCUCGACCUUCUCUGAAAUGUCUGGCAGCGUUUGGGCGCCCUCGAUUUUCGACUUCCGACAAUGUUGCUGACGACGGGUCGCCUGUCCAAAGCGCUGCAGCUCACGCUGGCGCUCAUUAAACCGGACGCGGUGGCUCAUCCUCUCAUGAUGGAGGGUCUUCACCAAAGUAUCCUGGACAACAACUUCGUCAUCGUUCGCUGCAAAGAUCUGCUGUGGGGGCGACAAGACUGCGAGAGGUUUUAUGCUGAGCAUUCAGAGCGAUUCUUCUAUCGAAGACUUGUUGAGUUUAUGUCGAGCGGCCCCCUGAGGGCGUACAUUUUAGGCCGAGAGGACGCCGUCGGCCACUGGAGGGAACUGAUGGGUCCGACCAAAGUCUUCCGGGCCAGAUACACGUCCCCCGCCUCUCUGCGGGCCCGGUUUGGCCUGACGGACACGCGCAACACCGCUCACGGCUCGGAUUCUGCCGAGUCGGCGCAGAGAGAAAUGGCCUUCUUCUUCCCGGAUUUCGACGCGGAGGAGUGGAUGCGGAGCGAGGAACCGGCGUUCCGCUCGGGACGCGCCCGUUACGACCCUCGGCGACGCGUCCACGCGCUUUGUGCUCGCAGCUGACCUCAGAUCUGCUGUUUUUCCUCUGACGCGGCUGCCCCUCAAAGUGUUUUGGAUUUGAAAGCGGACACAGCAGCACAAACAAACAAACAGUUUGACGCGAGUGCCAUCUUCCAAUUUCAGCUUCCAAACACCGUCGAUCCCCUUAAGCGUCGCGAGAAAAUAUUUAUUUGUGAGUUUAGAAUCUUCCAAAGUGACAUAUGAACGCCGGGCCGGCAAACUCAUUUUUGUCCUGAAAUCGCAGAAAUGUUUGAUCGCUUCUUCGCAGUAGCAGAGAAACACACCAAAAAUUAAUAUAUAAGUAGUUUUUCAAUCAGAAGUUGAGGGUCAACUAUUAUUCAGGUUUUGCCAACAAAAAUGCUUGGAAUCUCAGUUAUGAUUUAUUGCAUGUGACGACUUGAAAGUUUGGGACGGAUUUUGGCAAGAAUCAUAAACGUUGACACAAGUGAUUUGUGUUCGCGGGCCAUGUAAAAUGAUGUGGUGGGGGAGAUGCGGCCCCCCGUCCUUGGGUUGGACACCUGUGACAGAAAGGCUUCGAAUAUAUAUAUAUAUUUUGUCUGGUGAAAAAAACUACAUUUUUUUUUGAACCUUUUCUAUCAAUUAUGUGUCGUCGCAACCUCUUUCCAGUGUCAGGAUGGCCGAGCGGUCUAAGGCGCUACGUUCAGGUCGUAGUCUACUCUGUAGGCGUGGGUUCGAAUCCCACUUCUGACAAGGUUGCUUUUCUUUCCGAAAUGUCCCCCGGCCAGCGUGACUUCUGACGUCACGACCCCCGGAUGAGGCCAACCAUCAAAAUUCGUAAACGACCCUCAGCCAAUUAUGAAACAAAAUUCCUCGCUUUUUGCUAAUAAAAUAGCAUUUAGGUGGCGGCGUAUUGGAGCGGUGUCGGGGAAAAAACUCCAUUUGGAGAAGUGGACUUGCCUUCACAGUUUGCGGGCCGAAGCUCCGGCGGAACCUUCUUCGCAAGUGUUUCGCACGGACAUUUGUUGCAGACACACGUAGUGUUGGACCAGUCAACAGUUCUGGCCCAAGACGACCCAGAAGCUUCUGUAAGUUCUGCGUUUUGAAAGGCGCUGUCACGUGUGUCGUGUACUGUACAUGUAAACAUGACGUAUGACUCCAAUAAAUGGUGGUUGGCGCUUUUUAACCGAAAA